AUGUUGAAACGACGAUACUCCUAUGACGACGAUGAUACGACAUCGGAAGAUCUGGAAUAUCCUGAUAAACUGCCAAUGAAAGGUCGUGCCAUUACUCGAAAUGGGACAAGGUCUGAGGAAGAUUACAAUUUUAUUGUCGACUUCAAGAAGGAGAUUAAGGAAAUUAGUCAUCAUGUAUUGCGACACUUCAUUUCCAGUAUUGCCCUCACAAAAUACCAUACUGCCAUGAAAUUAUUAGAAGAAAUCUACAGUGAACAGCUGGAUUCGAGUCAACCUAAAAUCCUGUCCACGCUUGAUCGAUUUUUUCCUUAUUUACAGACAGCAAAAACAUUUAUCACUAGAUAUAAUUACUGGGCAUUUGAUUCGUUUCACGAGAAUAUUCAACACUUUAACCAAACAAGAAAAAUGUGGACAGCUGGAACAGCAUUUUUCCGUAUCUUUAGACGUUCUGUAUAUCGAAAGCAGGUCUCUUUUGGAGAGAGGGACAGUUCUUUUUAG